AUGGCUUCCAAGGCCAUGUGGGAGGUGGACCCGGAGACGCGGUCCAAGCUGGCCGCCCUGCAAAAAGAGUCCAAGAACAACGUGUGCUGCGACUGCAAUGCGCCCUCGCCGCAGUGGGCGUCGCCCAAGUUUGGCAUCUUCAUCUGCCUUUCCUGCGCCGGCGUGCACCGCGGGCUCGGUGUCCACAUCUCCUUUGUCCGGAGCAUCUCGAUGGAUGCCUUCAAGGCGAGCGAGAUUGAGCGCAUGCGCCUGGGCGGCAACGCGGGCUGGAGAAAGUUUUUCGAGGACCACGACGACACACAGAUGAGGGGCCUCAGCUGGGACGACGCAACCAUCGCCGAGCGAUACAGCGGCGAGGUGGGCGAGGAGUGGAAGGAGAGGCUGUCCUGCCAGGUCGAGGGCCGCGAAUACGUCCCAGGGGCCAAGAAGCCGGCAUCGUCUCCGCCCCCGUCGUCGUCCGCGACGCCACCGCCGGGGCAACGGGCUACGCCGCGGACGGGCACGCCGCUCGGCUCGAUGGCAGGUCGGGGUCAGAGCCCCCCCGGCGCCGGCAAGGUCAAGGUGGACGAUAGGUACUUUGCCAGGCUGGGCGCGGACAAUGCGUCGCGGCCCGACGACCUGCCGCCGAGCCAGGGAGGCAAGUACGGCGGCUUUGGCAACACGCCGGGCCCGGCGGCGGCGGCGGCGGCGGGGGGGCAGGGGGGCUUGCCCAACUUCGAGGAAGUGCAGCGGGAUCCCAUGGCGGCCCUGACCAAGGGCUUUGGCUGGUUCACGUCGACGGUAUCCAAGACGGCCAAGAAUGUGAACGAUGGAUAUAUUCAGCCCACUGCCAAAAGCAUUGCCGAGGGCGAAUUUGCCAAGCAGGCGCAACUCACGGCCGGUCAACUGGCCAGGCAGGCGCAGUUGGCGGGCCGGAACGCGCAACAGGGCCUGAACCGGUUCGUCGAGGGCCCCGACCACCACCACCAGCACGGCAGCAGGGACGCGCUGCUGGACGAGAGCCGCAAGGACUUUUGGGACGACUUCUCGAGCCUGGCGGACCAGCAGCAGCAGCGGCAGCACGCCAAGAACAGCUCCAUCGGGACGAGCGCCAUGGGCAUGGGCAAGAAGGGCGGCGCGGCGCAAAAGCCCAAGGCGUCGGACGAGUGGGACGACUGGUGA